AUGUGUGGAAUCUCGGCAUGCUUGGUUCUCCCGGCGGGACAUCAUUUCCAUAAUGAGAGUUUCAACGGGUACGCCAAUGGUGCGGGGGAACGAAACGGGGUGCCGACUGAGAAAGAUGCUGAAGACAGCAAGGAUCUUGGAGAUCAACUGAGUCGGAGCCUUGACAACAUCAGCCACCGAGGACCGGACGCAAAGGGUGUUUGGGUCAGCGAUGACGGCCUCGUGGGCUUGGGCCAUUGCCGCCUGGCAAUUAACGACUUGACUUUGGAAGGUAACCAGCCCAUCCACAGUGAUGCAAACACAUAUCAUGCUGUGGUCAAUGGCGAAAUCUACGACCACGACAGGAUUCGCCGUCAGUGUGAAGAACAAGGCUACGAGUUCAGGAGCAGCAGCGACAGUGAAGUCAUACUUGCACUUUAUAAGGCGUAUGGUGUCCCUAAGCUUUUCGAGCACCUUCGCGGAGAGUUUGCCUUCGUCUUGUACGACGAAGUUGAAGGAAAGCUCAUUCUAGCACGAGAUCGUUUUGGCAUUAAGCCGCUUUUGUGGUCAAUCAUUCGCCAGAGAGAUGGCAUAUACAGGCUGGCUGUGGCGCCGGAAGCGAAGGCCUUCCUGCCUCUGGGAUGGAAACCCCAGUGGGAUGUUGGCGCAAUUAUUGACGGUGGGUGGAUGCAAGAUGGGCGAUCACUUUUCCAGGGCGUGAAGAAGCUUCCACCAGGGUACUGGAUGGAAGUUUCGAAAGACGGCAUGAUGAAGUUGCAUCAAUACUGGGAUAUUGAUUUCAGAGACAAAACUGAACAAGAGACACGAAGCGUUGAUGAGAUGAUAUGCGGUCUCCGCGAACGAUUGACAGAUGCUAUUCGGCUCCGGCUGCGUGCAGAUGUUCCAAUCGGUAUAUACCUCUCUGGUGGUAUCGACUCUUCACUAGUCGCCGGUAUUGUCACACACCUGAUCAAAGACGAGGGCGUCAAGAUAGGUAACAAAGACGCGACAAGCCGCAUCAGCUGUUUUACAAUUGAGUUUCCAAACGGGUCUGGAUUUGACGAGUCUGAUAUCGCAGAACGCACAGCGGAACACCUAGGCGUCCAACUUCUGAAAAAACAAAUAAACGAGAGGGAGCUAGCGGACAAUUUUGCUGACUGCGCCUAUCACUGCGAGCAUCACCAUUUCGACCUUAAUUGCGUAGCAAAAUUCGCGUUAUCCUCUCUUCCAAAUGAACAUGGCGUCAAAGUUGUCUUAACCGGAGAGGGUGCCGAUGAACACUUUGCUGGAUACACCUUCUUCCCUCCAGAUUUGCUGCGGGAACCGGAUUUGUCCAUGCCUGAUUCUCCACUAGUACUAGAUUCUCUGCUGAGGGAGAACCUGCUGAGAUCUACCGAGCGUGAUAUCAAGCUGCUCCUAUCACGGGUAGGCGCUUUUGAGCACGGGUGGGAAACGACUGACGCCAUCGAGAAAGUCAACAAAACCAUUCUACCACCUUGCAUCUUGGCUUGGCACUCGCAACUAGAUUUAUUCUCGCCUUGGGUGCAAGAGAACCCGAGGUGGAAAAAUCUGGAUUGCAAAGACGUCGUCGUUAAUUCAUUCAAGCCUGAGAUACAGGAGAAGAUGCAAAAGAAGUGGCACCCACUUCACACCGCUCUCUAUAUGUAUAGCAGGGGGCCAUUGCCCAAUAUCAUCCUUACUUGCUUGGGAGACUUGUCAGAGAUGUCUCACAGCGUGGAAGGAAGAACGCCUUUCCUAGACCACAAGGUCACCGAAUAUGUAAAUAACCUACCCCCCAGCCUCAAGAUAGCCUAUACUCCGAGUAAGAUACCCCCUGAGAGACACCAGGGACCUUGGUGGGAGGGAAUUGGCGUUGCGUCGCAUGCUCUCACGGAGAAGUGGAUUCUGAGGGAGGCAGCAAAGCCUUACAUUCUCAAAGAGCUAUAUGAGCGGCAAAAGCAUCCUUUUACAGCCCCAGUCGUCUGGCCAAAAGACGGGCCGCUCUAUCAGCUGCUCAGAAAGGUACUGACGAGAGAAAAAGUGGACAAUCUGGGCUUCGUUGACUACGUUCGGGUGGAGAAUGCCCUCGCUCAAGGGUUUGGAGAAAAGGCCGAUAUGAAAGCGUUCAGAAUCUUGCUUUUUGUAGCAGCUUGGGUCACCUUGGGAGAGAGACUCGGUAUUCCCAGAGCAAGCCAGAAUGACUGGCUUUAG